AUGAUAAGGCAUCCCGAAAUCAAAACAGCCACACCUAUCCCUCUUGAAUUACCGCGUGCGAAAAUAACACAAGCAAUAGUUGAUAAAUGGUUCAGUUUAUUUGAACAAGUCAUCAAUGAGAAUAAUUUAAUUGAUAAACCCUUCCAAAUAUUUAAUUGUGAUGAAUCGGGUUUUGUUGAUAAAACAGAUACCACAAAAGUCAUAGUAAGACCACCAGGUGCCGCAUAUAAUACAUCGAAAAACGGCUGGAUGGAAGAAAAUGUUUUUUAUGAAUGGUUUAAACAUUUAUUUAUUCCUCAAACUGCCAGAACACCAAAACCAAUUUUAUUAAUGUUAGAUGGUCAUACAUCUUAA